AUGAAGUACCGCGGGUUUAAGAGAGAUGGAGUGACGUUCGUGGACUCAAGCAAGCUCCCGCCAUUCCAGAACGGGCUUGCAUUGGUGGGGGCUAGGGAGAUCGCCGCGCUCCUGACUAGAGCGUACUGGAAUGAUUAUGGCGAUGAUAUGCCGGUCUACAACGAAAUCGUGUCGUACGGCGUGGCCACCAACCGGUACAUGGCCUACCAAGCAUUGCAGAUGCGGCUCCUGGACAACUGCAUAAUGCUCAAUGGCUGCUCUGUCACCUCCUCGGACUGCAAUACCAGCAGUCCAAAAGAUCUCCAUCUGGCCGCUGCUUGUGUCGAGGCGAUUGUGGGUGCUGUCUGGGCCGACAGCCAAGAUCUGCCCAACAGCGCAGAUAUCGUUGCUGGUGUGAUGCGCCAGUUCAACAUUUACUUUCCUAGGGCUGGUGUUGAGAUGGCCGCAAUGCGUCGCGAGCUCAAUCGGCUCCGCGCCAUCGGAUUCUUGCGUAGUGUUGGCUCGGCACCAGAGAAGGGCUUCUUCGGGUCUGCCAACUGCUGA